UUUGAGCAAGCAAUGGGAGAUAGCGGUGAUGACGAGUUCGACAGGCACAGCAGGAGCAGAGACAAGUUCAAGAGGGAGCGAGAGGAGAGGGAUGACCACGAGAGACCGCGACGGGAGGAGCACGUGGAUCACAGGAGGAGAGAGUACGACCGCCGGCCUGGUGGCGGAGGAGGAAGGGACUAUAACGACAGAUAUAAUAGAGAUAGAUCUCCUGCUUACAAGCGAUCUAAACGAGAUGGAUCACCCGGUGGUCCACCACCAGGUGGAAUGCAUCCCUUCUACCCACCUGCCUUCCCUCCCUACGGGAUGCCUCAAGCUGCUGCCCCGUGGCCAAUGCCUGAUAUGGGAGGCCACCAGAAUAAUCACAACAACGACAAACACAGUAACGAAGACAACUUUAUGAAACGAUUCAAACAGUUUGUUAUGUCACUCAAGGACGACUGCAAUGAGCACGAAGCGGUUGACAGUUACCGGAGAUACAAAACCAAAUACAAGAAAAACAGCAUAACAAAGUUUUACAAGGCUCACCAAAACGAGGAAUGGUUUAGAGAGAAGUUCCACCCAGACUACCUUAUCCGGAAAAAGAAGGAACUAAAGCAGUGCAAAAUAAAGCGGUUAGAAAUCUACAAACGUAUCCAGGAGCUAGGGUAUUUGGAUGAUUUGGGUGUGUGUCAUGAGGACCAGGACAAGCUGAUGAAGGCUCUGGAUGCAGCAGUGAUCCUGAUGGAGGGAGGCACCGUGCACGAUCUUACAAUCCUAGACGGAAGAGAUAGGAACUCUGAUAAACCACUCGUUGCUAUUCCCGUGGCUAAGUUGAAGAAGGAGAAGGCUCCCUCGGCUAAAGAGGGUGAUGAUUCUGAUUCUGAGGAAGGCAACAUCAAAGAUGAUCCAGAAUCACCUGGAUCCGAUGAACUGGAGAACAAACUGCCACAACCGCUCCACAAGCCACAGUCCUUGUUCGUGAGAUCCCUAACUCCGCUGAUCACACGGGAGGACCUUCUCCAUGUUGUGAAAUCUCUGAACCUGCCUGGCUUUCUCAGGCUGGCCAUGGCUGAGCCACUUCCCGACCGCAAGUACUACCGGCGCGCGUGGGUAACAUUCGCGCACAACACCGACAUCAAGGAGGCGUGCAGUGUGCUGAUGAGUAGUAAAGUGGAGAAGUACGAUCAUGAGCUGAACGUGGUGAUCAACAGGGAGCUUAGUAAACGAGUCAGAUUCGUCCCUUCCUUCACUAGGUCACUAUACGCCAUACAGCAGGACGUGAAAUGGCUGGAUAUCCUGAUAACAGAACUAGAUAAAGCUGCUGGGUUGUGGGUAACAAAACUCAAAGAUGAGGACGAGGAGGAGGGAGAAGAUGACAGUGAAGACCGGCCUAAACAGCGAUUAAACGAGAUAUAUGAGAACCCCAUGAUAGAAGAGUUGAGAAGGUUCACAGAGGACUGUCUCAAGACACCCACCUUGGAUCACGAACUGGACCAGGGCGAAACUGACGAGGACGAGAUUCACAUUAUCAACGAUAAGAAACUUAAGGUGUUGGACAAGCUUGUAGUGUAUCUGAGAGUUGUGCACAUGGUUGACUACUACAACGGUACUGAGUUCCCUAACGAGGACGAGAUGCCCAACAAGAUCGGAGUGUUCCACAUCAGGGGUCCUCUGGAGACCACCAGCUCUAAAAACUCUCUUCAAGAUGUACAUGAUUGGAACAAGCAACUAGGGAGCAAGAUGCAGGGUGUAAUUGACGACAUGAGAGGAGUUACUAUACAACAUGAUGAAGCUGUCUUGAUCGGACUCAAGACUGAAGAGGAGACAGUUGAAGAGUUUGUGAAGAUGAACACAGAAGAACAGGGACCCGGAAAGUUCCACUGUCCACUUUCUGGCAAGAAGUUUAAAGGUCCAGAGUUCGUCCGGAAACACAUCUUCAACAAACACGCGGAGAAGGUGGACAACGUGAAGAAAGAUGCUAUCUUUUGGAACAACUACGUCCAAGAGCCAAAGCGACCGAUGGAGCCCCUGUUUCCACCUGCUCAACAGUCCAAUAAUGGACCAUCUUACAACAGCUCCACUCCAAACGCUAACUACACUGCGCCUCCUCGACCUAGCUACCCUGGAUUCCCUCCUCCCUACGGAUUCCCUGCUCCUUUCCCUCAGGCGCCGGCGCCCAAAGGACGAAAGGUUAUUAGCUACAACGACCUGGAUGCUCCCGAUGAAUAUGACGUUCUUGGAGUAUAGAAUAAGACAAAGAAUCAGGAAAGGAGAGCUGAUGAAGAUUGACGAAGACUACCAGCCGACUUUUAUUUUAUCUGAACAUGCGCCAAUUGACCGUGGACAGAAUAUUUUCGCAAUAAUAGAAAAGCAAAUUGCAUCUGCAUAAUCAUAAUAAUACAUUUAUUUAAUUUAAAUUGUUAAAUAAAAAUUAUAUCUAAAUUGAUUCCGAUUCAUUGAA